AUGGCGGCCGGGAACCAGGACUGGGUGGCUGGGGAGGGUGGCUUCUUGCUCUUGGGAGGGAUGUCCACUGGGGGCCACCGCCCCAGAGCCCCCUUGAAAGGCUCGGCCAGGGGCAAGCACUACAGUCCCCACAGGCCUUGGCUGCCUGGAGACCUUGAGUGGACCCACUGCCGGGAUCUGGGCACAGCCUACGCUCUGGAGAGCCGGGAGAGCUCAGAUCAGUGUUCCAGGCACCCUGCCAGCAUCACCCAGAAGUCCCUGCACUUUCUUGAGUCACUGAAGCUGGCCCAGCAGAAGCAGGAGCAGGCGCUGGCCGUCCUGCGGCGGCGGGCGGAGCAGGAGGCCUGGGAGGCGCAGAAGGCCCUGGACGAGCUGCCCCUCACGCGCCGAGUGCAGCAGCUGAUGGGGAAACACUCCAGCGAGGCCAGGCCAGAACCGGCUUCGGAGAGGGGGGAGCCGACGACCUGUCUGAGCACCGAGACAGCCAGACCCAGAUCACACCCAGCCCAGGUCAGAGCCGCGGCCACCCCCUCCCAGGACCCCCAGCAAGGACAGCCGAGUCCGGAGGACAAGUCAGCGCCUGCAGAGCCCGGGCAGGAAGAGAGACCAGACCAAGCCCCCGCCCAGCUGCCCCUGGCCAGGCUCUACUGUCAGCGGAGCCUGGCGGGGCCCUGGAGCACGAACCCCGGACCCUUCGGCGGCCUCACGCUGCAGAUGCUCGACCUGAGCCUGCGGGAGGAGGAGCUGCGCGCGCAGCACCAGGCUGCUAUGCUGCGCCUGCGCGAGAAAGUGCUGGAGGAGAAGAUGCGCACGGAGCUGGCCUGGCUGGAGCAUCAGCGAGGAUGUCUGGGCAGCAAGGGGAAGGACACAAUGCUGGCGGCCUUGGCAGAGAGGCAAGAGCAGGUGCUCAGGAAGCUUGAGCAGGAGCAGAGAGAAAUCCGGUCCCUGAGGAGCAUCCACCGGUUCUCACACCACGAGAGGACACUUCUCCUGCAGCAUCAGAAGGACAUUGUCUCCCUGCAGAGAUCCAUGGUGCACCUGCGCCAGGAGCUUCAGGCCCGGACCAGGUUGCCUCAGAGUGCCAGCCUUGAAGUCAAGACCACUCAGACGGAGAAGUCCGGAACGAGCCUGCAGCCGAAGGGCCCUGCUCAGGGCUCCUCGCGCCCCUUGACACCACCUGGGCCGGGCAGCCCCGCCAGCCAUGGCCCCCCGACAAGCCCUGAGGCCCUACGACUCCAACACCCUCUCACCGAGCAGGCGGAUGGGACGCCCCUCCAGGCAACCUCGGCUGCGGACGGUCACCGGCCACCUCCCCGGCCUGCGUGGGGAGAGGAUACGCCUGUGGCCGGCAGCUGGACUGACUCGGCGGGCCAGCUGACAGAGAGCCACAGCCCUGCAGGCCAAGGAGACCCCCAGACCAACCCCAGUCCCUCGUCAGCAGAGGAGACUGGGCCUCUGAUGGACAGCCAUGCACAGAAACUCCGGGGCCCGAACUCCCUGGGCGGAGAGGGUCCCUGCAGCCCCCUGGAAGCCAGCGUGCCUGAAGGCCACCCCAGCCGAGCAGGGUCAGAGCUGGGGCUGGAUUUGGCCAGCAGCCCCGUGGAGGAGCCACACAGAAUGGAAGGCUGGUGGUCAAGGGAGCAGAGGAUGGAGACUUGUGUGCAGGAGGACCCCCGCGGCCCCUUCUCUCCACCGGAGGCCGCCCAGCUGCCCACUGCCCCAGCUCUCGAACCAGCACCACCCACCCAGCCUGAGGGCAGCCCGGUGCCACAGCUCAGCCCCGCCUCAGACCCGGGCCCUGCAUCCAAGGCUGCUCCCUGGAGCUGCUCGGGGUCUCGGGCAGGGUCCCGAGCCUCCUCCCCGCCGAGUGGGCUGUCCUGCCCCUCUCUCCAGGACUUCCAGAGAGCCUGCGCCGUCUUGGUCCAGCUUUCCGAGAGCUCCGCCUCCCUGUCAGACCGGGAAGCUGGGGACACCCCAGACGCGGACCCCAGCUGGCCUGGCAGCGAGCUCUCUCCUCAAGACUCCUGGGGGCUCCACUGGGGCGGGGGGCGGGGGGCCGGCCCCCUGCCACCACGCUGCCUGCUGCCUCCCCCCGAGGCCGCCUCUCCGAGGUCAGGGUCAGAGCUGUCGGAGGCCUCCAGCGUGGUCUGGGACGAGGAGAACCUUCUGGAGCCUAGCUCUGGUGCCGCGCCAGCCUCACGGUGCUCCUCAUCUCCCGGAGGCUCAUCCCCCCUGGAAAAUGGCGGAGCACCCAGCCCUGCACUUGCCUCCUUGGGCCCUGGGGAGGGCCAGGAAGUGUCUGGAACCACUGGAGGCCUCGUCCGUGGACCCAAGGCGGGAGACGCCAAACCACUGUCCCCCGAGGCUGCCCGCACGCCCCUCCCAUCCAGGCCAUCUUCCUCCAGUGAUUUAGACCUGUCCCUUUCUCCCUUGGGGUCCCUGGCAUCCGAAACGGUGGAUUUUGGCAGAGGAGAGGCCAGGGCUCUGGAGGCCUCAGCCGGCUGCCCAGAGGGGCCCUGGGACGCUGCCCUGAGUCUACCCAGUGACGUGACGCCACAGCAGUCCUGGUCUGAGCCUGAGGUCCCUGUGAACCCAUGGACUCCUCCUGGGGACCCUGGCAGUCCGGCGGCCCUGAUGCCCCAGCGCUGGACACCCACACGUGGUGGGGGUGGAGACUACCCUGCCCCCGAGGAAGCCAGCCCCACUCUGUCCAGCGGGGUCUUGCCUGAGAUCCUGUCCCCCGUGGAUGAGGUGCUGUCCUAUGGCAGUGCCGACCUGUCCUCCACCCACAGGGAUGUGCGCCUCCCUCCUCUGCCGCCCACCCGCCCAGCAGAGGGUGUGGCCACGGCCACCAGCCCCGACUCAGAAGACUUCCCCUCCCCACCCGAGGACGCCUUGUCCCCCGGGGGCUCCCUGGGCCACCCCGGGGAGGAUGCCUCCCUCAGAACCGGGGACUUGCCCUCCUUGUCUGAGGAGGACACCCGCCAGGCACCGUCCCCGGGGCCCCAGGAGUCAGGGCUCUGCCCGGAGGCAGGCAGCCAGGGCGGAAGCCUCGUGGACAAAUUGGGUGAAUCAAGUUCUGUUGCCGGGGACCAGGCUGUGAGCAGCAUCCAGUGGUGUGAACCAGCCUGCUGGCUAGGGUCCCCCUUGGGUGGGGGGGCAGGCGAUGGCCCGGGAGGGCUCCCGAAGCUGCCGGUGCAGCCCCCACCCCUGUCCAGAGCAGCCUUCCCGGCCGGGGAGGGUCCUCCAACACUGUCACCGCUGUCGGGGGCCGGCAGCAUGGGGCAGGACGACCCAGCUCCGGCUCAGGGCGCAGGCCCCUGCUCUCACCCGCCGGGCACGGAGGGGGCUGAGGCGGUGGACUUGGUCUCCAGCCAGCUCAGCAGAAGGAUCCUGUGCGACUCGCUGGCCGCGCUCUCGGAGCUGGCCCAGCCGGCGGCCCCCCGAUAGAGGAGCCGCGGUGUCCCCACAGGCUGGCCCGGCAGCUGCCGCACGGUCGCAGGAAGAUGGGGCCUUCGGGGACCUUGUGCACACGUGGGUGGUCCUGUGCGGGAGGCUCCGGGAAGCCUGGGCCACCGAGGUAGGGCCACCAUGGCCCCGAGAGUGCUCAUCUGGUGCUGGGCUGAGGCCUGGACGGGGACAUGGCACCAAGGGCACCAGGUCUGCUUUUUUCUGGACAUGGGGUCUGCUGCGUCCAUCAUCUCCUCUGAUCCGAAGACCUUAAGAGGCAGGAAGAUAAAAGGCGUGUGGGGCAUGUCUCGGAAAAGUGUGGAGGUCACGAUCCUGACGGAACAGUCCGGAAGGGAGCAGCCCCCAAGGAUGGGCUGGAGACCACCUGCCAGGAGGAAGAGCCGUCCGCAAAGGCCAGGAGGAGGAGAGAGAGAGAGAGGGAAAUCGAGCGCCUUUCUGGGGGACAGGGAAACAAGGGGUGGUGGGGGUGGGCUAGGGUCACAUCUGCACGGACUCGCACCCCAGAUUUGCUGGCUUCUGAAGGCCGAGGGCUCCGUGUGGGCCGGCCUCCUGGAGACAUCACAGAUCUGCCAGCUCAAGGGCGGGAGGUGGCCCAAGGGUUCCCCGAGGGCUCAGGACUCCUGGGAGAGGCCAGAGCCCGUUUCCUGGUGGCUGUCCUCCAUCGAAUGAGUUCUUGGGGACACAGGGCGACCUCAGAGAAUAGAGGAACUCCUGAGACUACGUUUAUGGACCCCUGGGGAGACGGCGGCUCCCGUGCACUCGUGGUUACUGGGGGAUGCCCCCAAAGCUGGCCCUCCACCUUCUAGCUCGGGAGCGGGGCCCCCCUCCAGGCGGCCCUCCGCCAGGUCCCAGCUCUGGGGCAGCCUCGGGUAUCAGGCCAGAUGCUCACCAGACCGACCUCUGUCACACGCCGGCCUCAGGGAGGCAUCAGCUGAGACGGUCCGUGCUGAUUCAGCAGGACACCCCCCGAGCCCCCCGGGAGCGCGGGAGAGGUUCGGGUGGGGGGGGUGCUCGCUGUGCACAGCGACUUCAAAACAGGUUCUGAGGUACGGCUUUCCUAUUGAUUUCCUUCCAGUUUUCUGAACAAAUUAGUCUGUGAUUUUUUUUAUUUUUUUCUAUUUAUCGCUGACCCUUUUGGAUUUACGAGGCCCUGCGAGAGGGGUCAUGUAUUUUACACACACGUCUGGCACGGUAAUAAAUCUCCCACCUCGAAACCCCACA